AUGGAGCCUCAUGAAGUAAAAAAGAGUAUUGCCUACAUCAAUGGCCACGAAGUCCAAAUUACGCUGGAUGCAGCCAAGAGCAGUGCACCACCUAGUGUUAUUGGAAAAAUGCUCCAUUUACAAACUGGCAACAUCUUGUCGGACUCUUCUUUGCAACACAUAAGGAUACAGUCGGGAAAAGAGCAAGAAACAGUGUUGCUCAAGGAUGAAGAAUUCAUGACGCAGGCAGACAAGCUUUUGUCCUAUCUUGAGAACACUCCUGAGAUCAGCUUUUGUGCUAUAUACGAUGACCCAGAUUCACCUCUCUUCACAGUUUACAAGCAGAGAGCAAAAAAAGACCGCAGGUGUCUACCCACAAGUAUUAGAGUUAACUCCGGGGUAUCUGCUGAAACGGGAAUUCUUGACAACGCUACACUAGAUGCAAUGGAUCCCAAUGGAGAACUUGAUGACUAUGUUGACCGCACACGUCGCGCAUUCAAGCUCCUUGGCUCACAAAAAAUGCUGUUAGGAGUUGCCUGGACAAAUAAUGAGAGCAGAAAUGUAUUCUCUCGUUUUUCGGAGAUAAUGGUAGCAGAUGUGACGGAAGGCACAAACAACGCCAAGCGACCGCUAUUUCUAUUCUCUGGGAAGACCAGGCUCGUUGGGCCUUCCAUUGGGUGUGGACUUGAUGCAUACCGCAACUACUCCCAAAAUGGAGAUCCAAAAGAGUACGGGACCUUUGUAGAUGCAAUACCAACUUUCUACCCUCUUUGCGAACACAAGCUUUGUCACUGGCAUCUACUGUAUCGCAGUAAUCUCAUGAAGGUGCAGACUGGAAAAUGUGGAGUUAAAGCUACUAUUCUAUUCCGUGUAGUUGUUCUUUGGAUUGAGAGCUGGAUGACCAAAAUUGAGACACAAGAGGAAUACGAACUUUCUAAAAGGCUCUUGGCUGAUUGGCUUGCAACCCCCGAAGCUAUUGAUGUCAAAUUGGGUGGUAUGGGGCAAACUAUUGUAUCGCAAAUUAAUGCGUACAUGACACUGUCACUUUUUCCUCAUGAACAGCGCUGGGCUAGAUAUCGCUAUUUAUACACACGAGCAUUCAACACAUCUGCAAGCUCGUAUGCCGAGGCAGAAAAUAGUGCUUUAAAACGACGGGGCGACGGGGUCAGGCCAAGCUUUUCCGUACCAAAAGCAACUCAGGUUAUAAAUGAAGGGACACAAAUUAGGUCAAAGAAGAGGCAUCAAAAAGCUGUUUACAAUUUAAAUGCUGCCAAGACGAGAAAGCCUGCCUACUACGCAAACAUUGGGGAUUUAGUGGAUUACAUUCAAGAUUCUCUUUCCAAAGAUUUUGAAGCAGCUGCUUCAUUUGUGCUCUUCCGUCCAAAUGCAGACCAGUUUUGGGUCAAGCAAGCCACUCGCAAAAGCAAAAACACGGACAUUCGGAAAAUCAACGACAGUAGCUAUUACAAGUAUAUGAUUCCGCAGUUUGAACGCACACGAAUUGUGGAGCUUGUUAAUAUUGAUGGUACAUUCUAUUUGGUGUGUAGCUGCGGAAAAUUUCAGCGACAAGCUUCCCCAUGUGCCCAUCUUUACAAGGUUCUUGGUCAAUCACCCACAUCAACCGAUGUCUCUGUACGCUGGACAAAGCACUGGGAUGUGUAUUUGCACCGAAGUGGCCACAGUGACCUGUCAAAGCAUUUGGAAGACCUGUACAAACAGGAGCGACCAGGUCCAGUAUUUGUUGAUAGUGGUCAGUGGGUGAUCGGAAAAGGCAGUGACAACGGAAAGUGUAUCUUCUACAAAAAGAAUGUUUGGCUCAAGUGCUUUUGUGCACAAUUCCAUUUCUACCAGGAAAUGUCCAAGCUGGCAGGAUUUGAUAUGGAAGCUGCUGAGUCGAUGAAUAAAGCUAUGCAAGAAGCAUUGGAAAAGGUACAAGCCAAUGUUGCAAAAAGGGCUGGGAAGAUGGAUUACACUAUAGGACCAGCCAUUACAAAGGACCAUGCGUUCUUCAAUAGUCUGUAA